AUGUGUUGUUUAAGAAGAAGAAAGAAGAAGAUGAACCAACAGCAAUUAAUUCAAUCAACAGUCAUUGCUCUUGCACAUACCUUUGGGUAUGAUGAUGCUGUUAGACUUCAAGCUGAAGCUGAAUUGGAAAAGUUUAAAUCAAUGGAAGCAUAUUCACAAGUAUUAUUAAGAAUAUUGGCAAGUAAUGAAGUCAACAAUGAUAUCAAGAAUGCAGCAUCAAUCUUUUUAAAGAAUAUGGUUGUUCAAAAAUGGAGAGGAUCGAUUGAAGACGAGGUCGCCAGGAUGAGCGAUAUCGAUGCUCAAUUCAUCAAGGACAAUUUGUUGGAGGCAUUGGUACAAACAACCGGACCUGUCAAGAGACAGAUCCAACACAUGAUUGAAAUCAUUGCCAACCGUGAUUUCCCCGAGAAAUGGCCAUUGCUUUUGGAACGUUCCAUCGAAUACAUCAACUCGGGCAACGAUCAACUCGUACUAAACGGUAUCAUUGGUUUGCAAUUGGGUAUCAAGAAAUUCCAAUUUGUGCCAUCGGGUGAAAAGCGUAUUCCUUUGAUUGCCAUUUGCGAGCGUGUCAUCCCAUUGAUGUUGAAUAUCUUGGACACACUUGCCAAUGCACCAUCGGACAAUCUAUUCCAUUGCCCAGUCUUGGUGACAUGGACAAGGUUCCAAAACGACGCCGAGCUCUGGGAGGAGGAUCCCCACGAAUACUUGCGUUCCCAAUACGACGCAUUCAAGGAUGUGUACAGUCCCCGUAACGAGGCACACUCUUUUAUCCAAUUCCUCGUCGAGAAGCGUGGUCGUCAACAGUUUGACAAUAUGAUUGCCCUGUGCAUGCAGGUGCUUCACAAGUACUCGUCGACCGCUGACCCCGCCGCCAGAAACGCCGGCGAGAAAUACGGCGCUCUCGCCAUCCUCGGCCAUCUCAGCGACUACUUAAAGGGCAUCGCAUUCUACCGCGGCAACCUCGAGACCAUGCUAGUGUUGCAUGUAUUCCCCGAGUUACAGUCGCCACUUGGAUACAUGCGUGGUCAAGCUUGUUGGGCAUUUGCACAAUUUUACAACAUCCCCUUUUCCAACGUCUCCAACUUUUCCAAUGCACUCCGUCUCACACUCAACUUGCUCGGCGACGCUGACUUACCAGUCCGUGUUCGUGCCGGUACUUCCAUCUGCAACUUGGUGCGUUCCAAGCAAGGUACCGACGAGCUCCGUCCAGUACUCUCGCAGUUGUUGGACCGUCUCUUUGCACUCAUGAACGAUAUUGAGAGCGACGACCUCGUCACGUCAAUCGACUCGAUCAUCCGUCGUUUCAAGUAUGAGAUUGGCCCAUACGCAAUCUCGUUGACUCAGCGUUUGUGCGAGACGUUUAUGCGUUUGUGCGAGAAUGAAGACGACGACUCUGGCAUGGCUGCCAACGAGUGCAUGUCGGCUCUCCAAACCAUCUCGCGUGCCCUCGCAGAAGCCGAGUCACCCGAGUUGUACGCCGCACUCGAGCCCAUCGUCGUGCCAUUCCUCCAAAAGGUGCUCACACCCGAGCAACUUCUCUUUAUCGAGCCUGCCUGCAACAUCCUCACCUUUUUCACCUACUACCCCAAGAAGAUCAGUCCCCUCAUGUGGACGUUGUUCCCUUCGAUCAUCCAUGUCUUUAACGAGGGUGCAUUCGACAUGAUCGACAGCAUGGUCGACCCACUCGACAACUUUAUCUCGUAUGGCACUGAACACUUCCUCACUGGCGGACCCUACCUCGAGUCGAUUGUCGACAUGUACAAGCGUGUGCUCGGCGACAUCAACAUGCCAGCAUUCGAGGCUGGCGAGGUCUGCAAGAUCAUGGAAUCCGUGUUGCAACGCUGCCGUGGUCGUGUCGACCACAUCAUCCCACACGUGCUCGAGACUGCCUGUGGCCGUCUCCUCAACACUAGCAAGGAGAAUGAAAUGUCCAAGGAAUUGACCGUCUAUUUGCUCGAGCAAGUCUCCAACUGUCUCUUUUACAACGCAGCCAUCACUGUCGACUUUUUGAUGCGUCACAAUCUCGUUCAACCAGUCUUUAUCAAAUGGUUUGCUUCGAUCAAGUUGUUGCAACGUUUCUACGACAAGAAGAUUUGUUUGCUCGGUCUCUGCUCGAUGCUCGCCAUCACACCAACACCCGCCUUUGUCGUGGCCGGCUCCACUCACAUCAUUGCCAACGUCAUGGAAAUGAUGAAGUAUAUGUUGACCAUUGAAAAGCAAAUUGAAAAGGAAGGAGAAAAGAAAGAAGGCGACGAUGAUUUCAUUGAACAAGAAGAAGACGAAGACGACGACGACGAUGAAGAACACAUGUUUGGCGAAGGCGAUGCCGACUUCCAAUUCAAUGAAAAUGCAGAUCACGAGGACGUAGACGACCCCGAAGAAAGACAUCUCGACCAACUCGAACAAUUGACCAUGUUUUUGGACGAUGGAGGCGAGCUCGAGGGAGAUGGCGAAAUUGAAGAGGCCGAGUUUGAAGGUGAAGACCUCGACGGCGACAAUGAAGACGAAGAAGAAGAUGAACUAUUUGAAAAUGAACAAGGUGGCGGCUUUGAGACACCAAUCGACGAUGUUGACGAACUCGAAUUUUUAAUCAACAGUUUCAAGAGUCUCUUUACCAACUCUCCUCAAUUGGAAGCCACUCUCACUCCAAAACAACAACAAAAGAUCAAGAAAUACAUAGACCUCAUCCCAAUCCGUAAGGCCAAGGAAGCUAGACAAAAACAAUUAGAUGCUGAAGACGAUGCUAAAAGAUCAGCUGAAGUUCAAGCAAAAAAGAAUUUAGGUAAAAAUUAA